CACACUCCUGGCUUCCGUUUAGCGCCCCCUGCCUCCUGCACAGGCCGGGGCUAUAUCACCAGCGCCAGCAUCCCCGCGUCAGCGAGGUAGAAGCAACGUUUGUGUGACAUCCACUGCUCAUGAAUGAAGCUCGGCAGAGUGUGGGCAGUACACAUGUGUUUACGGAUACCGGAUGUGUUUUCAUGAACUCUGAAUGACAAAGUCAAGUGCUUCUUUACCUUUUAUUGAAAUACAUCUACGGGGAAGUAUUUUUGGUGGUUUUGAGGAAACGUUCAAUGCUGAUGUCAAGAGACUGCUCUCAGGGAGUGUACUAAAGGGUCCAUCCAACUGUAUUUAGAGUUUGUGAACAUGUGUCUUCAAUUCGUAGAAAGAAUGGGCAUUAAAAGCGAAUUCCGUACUUGUAACUUUGGAUUAAACCACAGUGAACCUCAUCUUUUCGUUUCAUCUCAGUGGGGCCACCCUCGUCUCUACCUAUCCUGGAGGAUAUUCUGGGCUCUAUUCCAUACAUCAUGGUUGGUCGGGAGCAUGGUGUCGUCAACCAACGUGACGUCAUCACCGCUAGGUGGCGCUUUGUGGUUCAUCUACCUCACCAACUGGACCUACCUCCUGCUGACCACCAGUGCUGUCCUGGACGCAGUCAUCGUGGUGUUCGUCAGGAUCAACAGACAGGACAUUCAAAAUGGCUUCACCUCAUAUCUACCUUGGUACCUGAAGGUGUCCUGGCUCCUCUACAGUGUCGUCACUGAAGGGAGUUUACACAUCAGCGCCCUCUACUGGAUCUUUAUUUUCAAAGAUCAAGAUCUUACACUUCUGCGAUUCAUCCUCCACGGCAUGAACUCUAUCUACGUCUUGUCCAACCUCCUCAUCACCGCCAUGCCAGUUCGUUUGUAUCACGUGAUCUACCCAAUUAUCUGUGGCUUCAUCUACACGCUUUUCAGCAUCGUUUAUCACAUACUUGGCGGGACCAAUAGAAAGGGAGAUCCCUAUAUCUACAAGAUUCUUGAUUGGUCCAAAUUGAAGCGGACUCUACCUCUUGUGUUUCUGAGUACCUUUGUGGCUCUACCGUUUUUGUAUUUCGUCGUUUUCUUUAUAUAUAAAGGGAGAAUAUAUCUGCGCUCGAAAUUUUGCCAUGACAACAAUGAUGCGAGGAUCUUGGACUCAUCAAAUGAAAGAACAGAUAGUGAGUGUGUUCGUGUUUGACAGGUGAUCAUGUUUCAUCCUUUUAAAAGACAGAAAAUAGAAUUAUGUGAAAAGUCAUCUCAAGAUGGACAUAUUUACAGGAAUAAUUUUAAUGUGUCUUGGCGGAAGGAUUCCAAGCAAUGACUUGAGGUCAAGUAGCUUCUAAAAGAACACAUGACUGGAACCACCAUUUUCACCUCAUUUGUACACUGGAACACUGGACACUAAACUGUGCCCUGUUUCAACAGAAGGACUAAGAUAAUAAAAUAAAGCAUCAAUACUUAUAUGUACUCAGUCAUGUGAACGACUGUAACAAAUGUUAUAUUUGGGACAACACUUUCUAAGUAAAGUACAGAUUCUAGUACUUGUUUUGGGUUGUGUCCCGCCCGGGACUCGAACCCACACUGCCAGAGUAAAGCACCUAAUCGCCAGCACACAUAGUAUUGUGUAUUCAUCAGAACGGUUGUCAGACUCUGGUCAUGUAGACGGUUGAUACUCUUUCAUUCAUUGGUAAGCCAAUUAGGUCUUUACGUUAUACAAUACAAACCAUUAACUCUU